GCGCAGAAGCAUACAGCCAGUUGAGCUUCGCUUCUCGUCAAACAAACAUCACUGAUAAAAGUCUCUCUGGCAAAUUUUUCGUUUUUAAUAACAAAAAAUCGUUUUUUUUUUUUAUUUCAAUAACAAUUUAUCGGAAAUCACUAAAUUACAAUCAUCCAACGACAGAAUUUUUUUAAACAAUUUUUUUUUCCCUCAACUAAUCGAUAUACCUGCUCACACACAUAAUCAUACCAAACACAGCUGUUCCUUCCCAACAAGUUUAACUUACACUUUUUUUCACCUUGUUUUUUAAUUUUUUUUUCCAAUCCAAAAAAAAAAACAAGAAAAAAAAUCGAAGAAAGCGCGCACUAUUUGAAUAUAACAACAGUUUUCCAGACAAUUGUCUCCAACAAUAAUUUAAAAUAAAGAAAUUUAUCGAAAUUAAGAAUAAAAUUUCUAAUCCAAGAAAAAUAGCAAAUAAAGAGAGCAAAAUUUUAUUUUUGAUGAAUGAGAAAACAAAGGAAGAUGUAUAGUAUAGUAAAUAUUAUUUUGAUCGGAGGACGAUUCUACUUUACCAUCAAUUGAAUGAAGCCUAAGAGCUGAUGAAUUUGUAAAUAUAUAAAUAUAGAUCUAGAACCACGUGGACCUUUUUUUUUCUUUUUUUACCCUUUUUUUGUUAUAAACAAAGUAUACAGCGACAAUAAACCGGGGUCUUAAUAAUCUUUGGGAGCAACUAAAGAAUAUUUUAUGAAAAUAAAUACUGCAAAAGAUAAACUCAUUGUGAUAAGAAAGCUAACAGAGAUCAGACGUAUAUAUUUUCGUAAUGUGAAUAAUCGUACAUAUAAUAAAAAAAAAGUGUUUUCAAGUCAGAGUAACUAGAGAGAAAUAGGAAAAAACUGGAUUUUUUAUCAUUUUGCAAAGCGAAUGAAGUUCUAAAAUGUCAAAAUCAUCGGCGGAAUAUGUUAAAGCUGUUGAGGGCGGUUUAUCACCGACGCAGGCGGUCGAAACGAAAUUAUACAAAAGAAGAUGGUUGAUUUUGGGAAUAUUUGUUUUCUACAGUGCCAGCAAUGCCAUGCAAUGGAUUCAAUUCAGCAUUAUUGCAAAUACAGUUGCCGAAUACUACAAAGUAUCAACUUUUGCCAUCGACAUGACGAGCAUGAUUUUUAUGAUUACCUAUAUACCAUUUAUUUUUCCAGCAAGCUACCUUUUAGACAAAUUUGGUCUCCGAUUUGCAGCAAUUUUCGGAGCUGUUGGAACAGCGACUGGUUCCUGGAUAAAGGUCUUUAGUGCCGUUCCCGAUCGAUUUUGGCUUGCAUUUUUUGGCCAUUCUUUGGUGGCAGUUAGUCAAACUUUUAUUCUAUCGGUACCAGCACGAUUGGCGGCUGUUUGGUUUGGACCAGACCAAGUUUCGAGUGCUUGCAGUAUAGGCGUUUUUGGAAAUCAAUUAGGAAUUGCAAUAGGAUUCCUAUUCCCACCAAUGUUAGUUCCAGAAAGUAAAGAUCCAGAAGUCGUUGGCCAAGGAUUGAGACUUAUGUUCUAUAUAGUCGCAGGCUUUACGUCCGUAAUUUUAGCACUAAUUUUAAUAUUUUUUAAAGCUGAACCACCACUUCCGCCCAGUCCAGCUCAAGCGGUUCAACGAGAAGCGGAGGAUAGCGAAAAUUUUUUCCAAUCAGUCAAACGACUAAUGUCAAAUAUCGGUUAUCUAAUACUUUUGCUGAGCUAUGCAAUUAACGUUGGAAUUUUCUAUGCCAUCAGCACUUUACUCAGUCAAAUUCUUGAAAAGCAUUAUGAGAACUCGAGUAUGGAUGCAGGCAGAAUUGGUUUAACAAUCGUUUGUGCUGGGAUGCUGGGUUCGGUGAUGUGUGGAGUUGUCUUAGACAAAACGCACAAAUUCAAGGAAACUACUCUUGGUGUCUACUUAUUUUCCUUAAUUGGAAUGAUAAUUUUUACCUUCACACUCGAUUGUGGAAAAAUUUAUGUUGUUUAUAUCACCGCUGGAUUGUUAGGGUUCUUCAUGACAGGAUAUUUACCAGUCGGUUUCGAAUUCGCUGCAGAAUUAACAUAUCCCGAACCAGAAGGCACAUCAGCCGGUCUACUAAAUGCAAUGACACAAGUUUUUGGAAUUGCAUUUACAUCGCUUUCUGGAUUUUUAAUUAAAGAAUGGGGUGAUUUUUGGGCAAAUAUAGGUCUUUGCGUUACUCUCACAUUGGGGUCGUUUCUCACAAUGAUAAUUCCCAAUGAUCUCAGAAGACAAAAUGCCAAAUUUUAAAUAUUGAUUGU